AUGAGUGAGAGGCUGGACGAAGCGGGAUCGAAAAAGAGAUCAAUUGACAACACAAAUUCGGCUGCUGAGGAUGAUCAGUCCAGUGAGAGCUUUUUCAGCGGACCAAAAAGGCUAGCUUGUUCGAAUUGCAGACGUAGGCGGAAAAAAUGCGACUUGAAAUUCCCUUGCGGUAAUUGUGUAAGGCUAGGCUUGAAAUGUAACGUAAACAUGGAAGACAUGAGGAAGAAACGACACACUGCGACUUAUGUCGGGUCUUUAGAAUCGCACGUCAGCUCGUUGGAAACCAAAAUCAGAAAACUUACUGAGAAACUAGCAUCAAUAGAUGGUUCGAAUGUCACGAAUGAUGACGAAGAGGUCUCAAAAGAUGGGCAUGAUAGCUCUUUUAUCAGGAAUAAUUCAGAAGAAGCGUUGAGUGUAUCAAGUGUCACCAGUGUCUCUGCUUCAGACUUUAGUAGAUCGGGCGGUCUGAACGAUGACAGUCUGCGCAAGAAAGGGUUUGUCAAAGGGAGCAUCUACCCUGAGGGACCUGCAAGUUAUAAGCGAAAUAAGAGCUAUCAAUCCAUUCCCAAGCCCAGACAUAGAAUAGCAGACCUGAAGACGACAGUCAUUAUACGAAAUAAUCAAGUGGGUGGGGAAGCCUUGAAUGCGAAUGCGCAAAUCUUGAAAAGUCUUUCGAACUUUUACGUGUGGCUUUACCCCGGGCACUUCGUGUUCGUUCAUCGAGAAAGUUUCUUAUAUGGCUUCUUCAAUCACAGUGAAGGUAACUAUGAGAACUCACAAUACUGCUCGGAAGAGCUGGUCUAUGCUGUAGCAGCCAUAGGAGCAAGGCUAACUCCCGAUACACGAGGGCUUGCGGACGUUUUUUAUCAAAAAUCGAAGGAAAUACUGUUGAGGACAGUUUUUAGCGAGCAUAGCAUAGCCAAAAUUACAACUGUUCAGGCCCUGCUAUGUUUGGCUUUUUAUGAGCUUGGAAAUGGCCAAAAUCAACUGGCGUGGUACUUCUCAGGGCUGGCCAUCCGUGUCGGGCACGACAUGGGAUUCCAAUUAGAUCCCCGGGUGUGGAUCACGGACGAUUCAAGCUCAAACGAGCUCUCCCAAAGUGAGCUUGAAAUCAGAAGUAGAAUAUAUUGGGGCUGUUAUAUUGCUGAUCACUUUAUAUGCCUUUUGCUGGGGCGAACCUCAACACUAAGCGUAUCGAAUUCUACAAUUCCUGAGAGCGAUGAACUACCUGAAGUUAACGGUACAGAAGAAUUUCGAUUCGAAAGUAAGCACAUUUUACAAGUCUCGCUUCCAUUAAAGAACCUGGUGAUUCUGUCAAGAAUUGUACAGGUUUUCACCGCCAAGAUCUUUAUUGAGCCGAGCAGUACAACACAGCGGAUUGAAUACCUUAUCAAAUUCAAUCUGAGAGUUUACAACUGGAGACAGUCUUUACCCCAGUUCUUGAAAUGGUCAAAAAACCUAAUCAAGGAUUUAGACAGGUCAACUGAUCCAACAAUCUCUUAUUUUUGGUACCACUACUAUAUUGUUUCACUGACGUUUAACAAACCAUUUAUGGAAGACAGUAAGGAGGCCAAAACGCUAGUUUUCGAGGUUCUUGGAGAGCUGAAAGUUUUGUUAUCUAAUUUUCAGGUAAGAUUUGGCAAUUACGAAAAGGCCAGCAUUUACCAAUUAUACAGCAGUCUGAUAUCACUGGCUUGCUCUCGAAAGCUUACGAAUAUGUUAUCAGUGGGCGAAUCGCCAUCAAUGCUGGAGCGAGGCAAAAGGGAUUUGAAAACAUUUGCCGAUAUUUUCCAGAAUUUUAGUCUUAGCUAUGACCUGCCGCGUAAACUUCACGAGGAACCUGACCUGGAAGUUGAGAACGAUCCGAUGUCGAUCAACCCGCUCAACAAUUUGAGCUACAUCCAUGACUUUUCCCUGAGCGAUGAAAUUGAUGAGCUUAUUAAGCAAGUUUUCGGAUUCGAAAGCUGGUCCUUGAACACUGGUCAUUCAGUGUAG